GUCUUCCUGCUGAACGGCUCCGGUAACGGCUCCGUGUCCGGCGGCGGGGCGCCCUCGGCGGCGGGCAGCGCGGCUCUCAUCUCCUCCAUCUACUCGGUGGUUUGCCUGGUCGGUCUGAGCGGGAACUCCAUGGUGAUCUACGUCAUCUUCCGGUACGCCAAGAUGAAGACGGCCACGAACCUGUACCUGCUGAACCUGGCGGUGGCGGACGAGCUGCUGAUGCUCAGCGUGCCGUUCGUGGUCACGGCCGCGCUGCUGCGCCGGUGGCCGUUCGGCGCGGCGCUGUGCCGCCUCGUGCUCAGCGUGGACGCCAUCAACAUGUUCACCAGCAUCUACUGCCUGACGGUGCUCAGCGUGGACCGGUACAUCGCGGUGGUGCACCCGCUGCGGGCGUCCCGGUACCGGCGGCCCACCGUGGCCAAGCUGGUGAACGUGUGCGUGUGGAUGUUCUCCCUGCUGGUCAUCCUUCCCAUCAUCCUCUUCUCCUCCACCGCCCCCAACUCCGACGGCUCGGUGGCCUGCAACAUGCAGAUGCCGGAGCCGGAGCGCCGCUGGAUGGCGGCGUUCGCGGUGUACGCCUUCCUGAUGGGCUUCCUGUUCCCGGUUCUGGCCAUCUGCCUGUGCUACGUGCUGAUCCUGAGCCAGCUCCGGGUCGUGGCGCUGAGGGCCGGCUGGCAGCAGCGCCGGCGGUCCGAGAGGAAGAUCACGGUGAUGGUGACGGUGGUGGUGUCGGUGUUCGUGGUGUGCUGGAUGCCCUUCCACGUGGUGCAGCUGGUCGGGGUCUUCCUGCAGCGCCACGACCCCACCCUCAGCCAGCUGGCCGUCGUCCUGGGUUACGCCAACAGCUGCGCCAACCCGCUGCUCUACGGCUUCCUGUCCGACAACUUCCGCCGCUCCUUCCAGAGGAUCCUGUGUCUGCGCUGGAUGGAGGCCCCCGAGGAGCCCCUUGACUACCUGGACUACUACAGCACGGCCCUGAAGAGCCGCAGACUCAGUCUGGACCGGGACCAGCAGGAGAACCCGGUGGAGGACUCAGAGUACAGGAACCGGACCCCCCCCACAACAGCAGCUCCAGGAUGUAGUCUGAGCCCUGAUGGGCCCUCCAGGGUUUAAAGGAGCACACGGGGUUUUGAAGGUGUAGACCUGGACCGGAACCCUCGUGGCGCCGCUCAGAGGGGUGUUCUGGGUAACUGUAGGCUGCAAGCUGAUUGGUGGAUCCAACGUCCUGUCAGGUGACGUGAGGUUUUAUUAUUACUGACAUGAACAACCUGAUGAUGUCACUCUGAUGUCACUCUGAUAUUCAUGAGACUCCUUCACUUCCUGUCAUGAACUGACCCGCCUCCUUCAGCCUGAGUGAACUUUGACCUGUGAGAACAGCCAAUCAGAGAGAGGGGCGGGGCUGAACUUCAGAAAAUACUUUGUUUAUAUUUUAACUGCAGGUGAAACCACAGAAGAAGAAGAAGAAGGUGGUGAUUGGCUGCAGCGAGUGGUGGCUGUUGUUAGCAUGUUAGCCGUGCUCCUUCAGGGGAAGCCCCGCCCCCGGCUCUGACUCAUACAGGUGGAUUUGGUAUUUAUGACCUUUGACCUCACUGAAGGUACAGGUGACACCACAGGCUGAAUACAGAGACAGUUUCAUUCACUAAUAUCUGAUGACACUUGGCCGUUGCCAUGGAAACACGGUUUAACCAUCGCAGUGUUACUGCCGCCGUUUCUUUGAAAGUUAUAAAUACGUCACGUCUCGAUGCAGAGAAACACAGGUGCAUGCUGGGAUUAGCUCGGAAUCGCGGUGAUUGGUUUGAGUGAAACCCGCCGCUUCAGGCGUGGUCACUGGUGGGCUGCUCGUCGUCAUAGAAACACUGGUGUGUGUACCCAAUCAGAGCGAGACUACAGAGGGACAUUCUUACUACUGUUAUUAUUGUUUCUUCAUUAAUAACGAACUGAUGAACAGCUGAUUUAUUCAGUCAAACAGUAUCAGCAUCAGUUGUUACCAUGGAAACAGGAGUACUAGUAGCUUUUAAAUAGGGACCAAUUUUAAGGAAUAAAUGGCAGAAGUUUCACGCCAUGACUGACC